AUGAGCGUCAACAACGCCGAGGCUCUGUCCGAGUCUCCUGUUCCAGCCCACACCGGCAAGCAGUCGGUGGACCCCUACAAUGUGCAGGGGGAGAUCGACGAGCACGGAAAUGUCAAGGCGAUCGAUUACAACAAGUUGACCGAGGAGUUUGGGACCAAGCUCAUCGACCAGGCGCUGCUGGACCGAUUCGAGCGGGCAACGGGCCAGAAGCCACAUCGCUUCAUGCGCCGAGGCAUCGUCUUUAGCCACCGAGACCUCGAGGUCAUCCUCGACCGCUACGAGAAGGGAGAGCCCUUUUACCUGUACACUGGCCGCGGUCCAAGUUCCGACAGCAUGCACAUUGGCCAUACCAUCCCCUUUGCCUUCACAAAGUGGCUGUCCGAUGUGUUCGACGUCCCGCUGGUCAUCAUGUUGACGGACGACGAGAAGUUCCUGUUCAGCGAGAAGAGAACAAUCAAGGAGGUCAAGGAGUACGCCCUGCAGAACGCCAAGGACAUCAUUGCAUGCGGCUUCGACCCAAAGAAGACCUUCAUCUUCUCCGACUACAAAUACAUGGGCGGCGCCUUCUGGGAGAACGUGACCCAGGUGGCCAAGCUCAUCACCUGGAACCAGAGCAAGGCCAUCUUCGGUGGCGAUGGCAGCACCAAUGUCGGCAGGGCCUUCUUUGGCGCCGUCCAGGGCUCGACGGCAUUUGCCUCGACCUUCCCUCACAUCUUUGGCGACAACGCCGAGCUCACCAACAAGAUCCCGUGCCUCAUCCCGUGCGCCAUCGACCAGGACCCGUACUUCCGCAUGACCAGGGAUGUUGCGGCUCGCCUUCACUGGGCCAAGCCUUGCAUGAUCCACGCGCGGUUCCUCGACGCCUUGCAGGGCCCAGGCUCCAAGAUGUCUGCAUCCAUCGAUUCUUCUGCCAUCUUCAUGAAGGACACGCCCAACCAGAUCAAGACCAAGAUCAACAAGUACGCCUUCAGCGGUGGCAGGGAGACCGUGGAGGAGCACCGGGAGAAGGGCGGACAGCCCGAGGUUGACGUCAGCUACCAGUACCUAAAGUACUUUAUGGAGGACGACGAGGAGCUGAAGAAGGUGCACGACUCGUACAAGAAGGGCGAGAUGCUGACGGGCGAGCUUAAGGCGCUGUGCAUCAAGCACCUGCAAGACUACGUCAAGGAGUUCCAGGAGAACAGGGCAAAGGUGACGGACGAGGUCCGCGAUACCUUCAUGGCCUUGAGGCCACUCGAGUGCAAGGGCAAUCCCAAGGCCCCAAUUGAGAUUCCCAUCCGGGCCAAGGCGGCGGCGGGCUUCGACGGGGCCGGUGGGGAGGGUGCUGGGGAUGGGAAGCUGACCAAGAACCAGCAGAAGAAGCUCGAGAAGCAAAGGCUGAUAGAGGAAAAAAAGGCGGCCAAGGCCAGGGACAAGGAGGCCGCCACGAAAGAGUAG